GAGAUCCCUGGCCUCCCUGGCGCUGAGGGUGGGCACGCCCCUCUGCAGGAGGAGGAGCUGCUGCCCCUGGGCCGGCCAGAGGAGGCGCGCUCGCCGCCGCCCGACCCGGUGCCCGCGGACCUGGCGCGCUGCCUGUCCCGCGGGCUCCGCGCCGGGAAGGCCAGCGACCUCGUUUGCUCCAGCGUCAGAAGCCUCGUGGGCGGCCACAACUUGACCGCUGCCGCUUUCGACCGCUGGUCGGACCAGACGGCGUCCGGCCACCUCCUCGCCGGGGAGGGCUGGGAGACCGAGCGCACCAGGAGCCUCUCUGCAGCACCCUCCGGGGCGUGGGCGGCGGCGUGGGCCACUUUCUCGACGUUGGCGCGAACAUCUCGAAGGGCAAAGCGCAGCAUGAGCAGUAACUUUCGGAGGCCCGCGCGGGUUCAUUGGGUCCAGCGCCGGCCUCAGAAAGUCGCACGGGCAUCCGAAGGUUGUCACUCUUGAGCCGGCCUUUGUUCCCCGAGCAUCGGCACCUUCAUCACUCCGAUGGCUGAUUGCCUGGCCCAUGCGCGGGCUCAAGGGGGGAGCUCGGGCAGGGACAUCGCCGUGGAGAGAACGCCGCCUACCGCUGAUCUCCUCGUGGUCGGUGCCCUCGUCAACAAGUUGAGGAACGUGGAGGUGUACACCUACGCGGUGGGCGGGCCCACCGCUCCAGAGCACGUGAUCAUUCGAACCCUGUGAACAAGGGCGCAGGGAAGGGCAACAAGCCGUUCACCGAGAUGGAAGGCGAUCAGCUGCAGGACCUGUUCCAUCCGGGCAAGAGCCUGAGGCUCGCGAGGAAGGUCGAAGUGAGUGAGUUCAGCGUGAAUCUCACCACUGGCGACCGCAUUCUCCACGGUAACCCGGCGAUGAGGGCAAUCCUGAUGGCGAAGGUCGACAUCGAGGGCCUCGAGGGGGAUCCUCGACCUCCUGGAGAGCUGGGGCUACAAGAGCGUCCUUGUCGUCAAGCAGCUCAGCCAGGGGUCCACCAACUCCAAGACCUGCACCGUCGAGCAGGAGGACACGGCC